CCCUGGCUUCACCUUUGCUUGGAUCUUCCGAACAUCCAUGGUUUGUACAGGCAGGUAUGCGCCUUGGGGUGAUUGGUCAAACUGGUAAGGAUUUGGCUUUGGUACCACGCUCCAGGUCAGAGCAAGAACAUGCGAAAGGCGCUGUAGAAGAAGACACAAUUGAAGAAGAACCUCUUUUGUUAGCUCUUGCUCAACCUACUUCUCCAUCUCACGUUGCACUCCGCCAGUUUCGAAAUCGCACGAUCUACGCGAACGUCGGAAAUGAUGUAUCAGUUUCUUUCCGCACUUCUGCACUUUAUUUUUAUAAUCAUCGCGAAGUAAGAAUACAAAAAAAUAAUCUACUAAGACAAUUAUACUUCUUACUUAAUCCUCCCGAACCUACCAAAGAAUAUCUUACACGAUCAAUCACGAGCGCAUCGCCCAUAAUCCACGAUAAGGUCUACAUGCCUUCAGACAUUCCUAGAUCACGUGAUUUAAAUGCGAGAUUGGAAAUCGAAGAAAAGAUUGCGAGAGCCUGGCACGAAGACAUGUCAUGGCGUAAAGUGUUUGUGCAACUUGAGGGUGAAGCACACACAAAUGUAAUCGUAAGAAGAAGGUGGCAAAAUGCCGCCGGAUGGCAAGUUAUAGAUCAUUUGUUGAAAGAACAUGAAUUCUAA